AUGCUCAUGCGCCACUUGUCACGAUGCCCACAUCGGCUAAUGAUCAAGAAUACAGGUGGCAACAGCUUCAGAAAUUACGUUUAUGGACACUCCACGGUGCUGCGUUCUUCACGAAAAAUAUGCGACUUACAAUUCGGACGUGCAUUCCCAGAUUUAGCACCGAGUCUUCGUAGAUCAUGGUUGUGCUCGACUAGUGCCAGCUUGGUCGACAGCCAACUCGCCUCCACCAGGCUGCCUAACGUAAAAGCAUGGUCGGAUGCUUUCAGGGCAUACCGGGACGUGACUUUGGGAAAUGGGCUCUCCCGUGGUAAUAGCCUUACAGAGGCACCUGAUAAAAUCGGGCAUGAUAAACCUGCAUCCGAAUUGAAGAAGCGAUUAAAGUUGGCUGGCAGGGAGUUAGCGGUAUCCGUCCAUAAGUGUGACCAGCAUUCUUCGAGGGCGCUCUUAGUCUGCCUUGUCGACAUUAGCAGGACAUGCAAAUGUCCCGAACUGCAUAUCGGCCUCAUUAAGGUGAUUUUACAGGAACUGCAAUCAAGUCGGGAUAGGUCCAAUGUGGACGACACGCACGUUAAGGAUUCUGAUUUAACUGGCCUCGUGGGAGCGGAACGCAUAAACGAACUCAGUAAGGAUGAGAACACUGUGGCACUGCUCUUGACAAGUAUACGAGCGUAUGAACUGCGCAAACCACCUCAAACCGUGGUAGAUGACCUCAUAAGCGUUGUGAACGCCAACGUGUACCGGUGGAAGCCGUUACAGUUGGUUGAGAUAUGCAGAGACCUGGCGUGGGUGUACCGCUUCUGCGAAAAGGAAAGGUUUGGAGCACUACUGCGUAAAUGCGCAUCACUAGUUUGUGAAGGUUUCGGGAAAGAGGGCAGGACGGCUACCGGAAGGCAAAUCAUGACGGUGAUGAAGGCAGUGAGCGUCCUCGGCCACGAGUCCACACCCAUUUCGGCCGGGUUGAACAACCUGAUUUCUACGCUGAUCGAGAAUGAAAGUAAGGACGCGGAAGACGACGUUGUGAAACAGCUGAAUCUGCGAUACCGACGAGCAAAGGGGAAUGUGCAUCUGCUUAAUGUGGCCCUCAUCAGCGGUACGCGCUUGGACACCGCCGUAGUCAAUGCGCUGCUCGAAAAUGUCAUGGAGUUCUGCGUUGGAUAUUUCGCCGCCACGUGCCGGGUAUGGCAGCUGAAAACAGAACAUUUUGGCACUCACGAUUACAAUACCAUCGAUCCGAGGGCAGCCCAACUGCUCUAUGCGAAAUGUACAAACAAGGUUCUGCGGGCACCGGGGUCACUCGACCCUGCGAACAACCCUGAACCCAGAUAUCCCAAGCUCGAAGAACGAUACCAGGCAGUUGUUGCAGCCCUAGGCAGGCUGUUAGAUGCCGGCAAACUUGCCUUCUGUCGCGGGCUCAAAGUAUGUGAGGCGCGGCUGCGUGUCAUCGACCGAACCGUCUACGAGGGCCUUAACGACAGAUCACGCGCAUUCAUGAAAGCCGUUGCGUGUUUCAAGUUUGAGGAUCCGCAGCCGGCUACCAGCGACGAGCUUUACAGGGCGCUGAGGCAAAUCGGCUACCGCCCCGUGCCGAUGAUGGUCCAGGGCACGUUCCAGGUAAACUGCAUUGACCGCAAGCGUCGCCUAUACUGCGAAUUGUGUAACGAGAAGGAGGCCCGGUUGCUACCAACCGGUGCCAAAACCGCUGGGAAAGUCGUGUACAACACGGCCACCGAACUCAAGAUGAGGUGCCUCGAGGCCGCCGGCUGGCGUGGAACCAUCAUCCGUGUGGCCGAAUGGCGAUCACUGACUGAAGGCGAACGCGUCGCUCUUCUACGAGACAAACUUAGCAAACUAAGCGUGAAAACUUAA